AUGUCUGCUCAAGCCGAUAAUGCUACUUCUACUGAAAAGACAUCAGAGGAACCAAAGACUUAUCGUCAGAUCGCCGCUGAACAUAUCGAUACCCUCAAUGAAAUCAACCAUCAAAUUCCCAAACUGCUCAAAUACUUCGCAACCGCCCUGUCCCAGCUGACCAACGACCCGAUUCCUUUUCAGCAUGACGCUAUGCAAUGCGAACCUGGAACCCUAGAAGCGCGCAAGGAAGCCUUCCGCAUCAAUGCCCUUUUCUGUGGUACAUCAUGUGAAAUUAUCAGGCAAGAGUUGGUGAAGCAGAUCAAUGCUCUCGAGAGGUACAAGGUCAUACCGAAAAGUCACCCCAAGUUUGCCGUCACUCAGAGCCAAGCGCGCAAAGGGAAGGAAGAGGAAAGUGAGGUUGUAGAUCCAGAGAAGGAUGUCAAGAACGGUGGAUAUGGCGACUUUGACGUAGGCGUGCUGAACGCAAGGGCAAGCUCUGGUCAGGUUGAUGCUGAGGAUGUACUGGACCGGGCUAGGGCAAUAUUACAAGAGUUGCAAAAGCGGACUGAAGGAGCGACCAGUGCCGACGACAUGGUUAUUGACGAGUGA